CCAGGUUCAAACGGAUAAGAAUACAAUCAACAAGAACACAGAUACAAAAAAAUGGCAGCUUCACUGUCAACAACAGCACCACCGCCAUGGAUGUCGACAAGCAGAACUCAACAAGCCACUCGCAGCCCAUCAGCUUCUUUAUCUAUCUCAACUGCCACACGGCCCAGAACCAAUUUCUCAGCGAGUGUUAUGAGUAACUCCACGCCACGCUCAGGGUUGCUGCACUGCUCUUUUUUAUCUUCUUCCUCGUCUCUGUCUCUUCCAUCUUCUUUCUCAGGGUUAUCAUUGGGAUUGGAUUUGAAUUCUAGCACUGCGUUAAGAAAGGCGAGAGGCUAUGGCCUUGUGGUGAGAGCUGGAAAGGCUGCUCUUUGCCAAACAAAGAGGAGCAGAUCGCGGAAGUCACUAGCCCGGACUCAUGGUUUCCGUCGAAGGAUGAAAACCACCAGCGGAAGAGCGAUAUUGAAACGUCGACGUGCAAAGGGAAGAAAGAUCCUCUGCACCAAGACCAACCCUAAUUCGGGAAAAUAACGUGCCUGAUUGUUCACCUUUGAGUCAGUACAAUGGGCUGAUGUAAGCAAAUUCAAAGCCUGCUGAUUUUUUUUGUAAUCUCAUUGUUAAGUUUGCCAUAUUUUGUUUUAUCGGUACUAUUCUGAUUUUUCAUGUGUAAAAUGCAGCCUACUGACUAUUUUUUUG